CCUGACUGCACGUCUUUGGACUGUGGGAGGAAACCGCAGAACCCACGCAGACACGGGGAGAACAACUCCACACAGAGAGGACCCUGGUCACCCAGCAAGGGAAUCCAUCCCAGGCCCGACUUGCUGUGAGUUAACCAAGUGUUGUUGAUGAUACUCAUCCUGAUGGCUGUGGCUCUCCUGUACAGCAAGACGUUCAAAGCACGUCCACCAGCAAACCACUCAGAUCUUGAUCACCAAGCCCCAGGACGAGCUGUGGAGGGCGGGGCUGAGUCAGAGGUGGAGACGGACAUCCCUGUGGUCAUCUGUGCGUCUGAGGAGCGCGUGGGAGCCGCGAUGGCAACAAUCAAUAGUGUCUAUAGCAACACUCAGGCCAACGUGUUCUUCUACAUAGUGACACUGAGAGAUGCCAUCAAACUGAUAAGGCAAUACAUCAAGAAAACCAAGCUGAAAGAGAUCAGGUAUAAGAUUCUGGAGUUCAAUCCUAUGGUCCUGAAAGGCAAAGUGAAACCAGAAUCGCCCAGACCUGACCUGCUACACCCUCUGAACUUUGUAAGAUUCUACUUGCCGCUGCUCGCCAUCAGCAAUCAUAAGAGAAUUGUUUACUUGGAUGAUGAUGUCAUCGUGCAAGGAGAUAUCAAGGAGCUGUUCAGUAUCAAGCUGGAGUCGGGCCAUGCAGCUGCAUUUGCAUCAGACUGCGACCUGCCCUCCACUCAUGAGAUGGUGCGCAGCGUAGGCAUGCAGACAACUUACAUGGGUUUCCUGGACUACCGGAAGCCAGAGGUCAGGGAGCUGGGCAUCAACCCCAGUGACUGUUCCUUUAACCCGGGUGUGUUUGUGGCUGACGUUGAGGAGUGGAAGAAGCAAAAGAUCACCAAGCAGCUUGAGAAAUGGAUGAGCAAGAACUUCAAGGAAAACCUGUACAGCAGUGCGAUGGCGGGCGGUGUGGCCACUCCUCCUAUGCUGAUUGUGUUUCACGACAAAUACACAACAAUCGACCCAAAGUGGCACGUCAGACACCUGGGCUGGAGUCCUGACACCCGCUAUGCUGAAUUGUUCCUCCAAGAGGCGAACCUCCUUCACUGGAAUGGCCAUUUCAAGCCCUGGGACUACCCAUGUGUACACCUUGACCUUUGGGAGAAAUGGUUUAUCCCUGACCCCUCUGGAAAGUUCUCACUGGUGCGGCCUGAAAUUUGAAAGGGGUUCAGGAGCCUCUUAUUAUUAAGGCCGAUGCGUGGUCCACUGCUGUUCUCAGGUGGAAAAGCUGAACGGAAAAAGGCCAAUAGUGACUCCCUUUUCGAUUAUGUCCCGUGCCUCAGGACAAUUUUCCCAUAUUGGGUUUAGCCAGUCUUUCUGGUGGAACACUGUUAUGAAUCUCUUUUCUAAAACAUGCUGAAUUGUUCCUAGUGGCAGUUGUCAGGACAUUAUUAUAUAAAUCUGUUCCAACUUUAUUUGGAACUCUUAAUUCAGCCCUAAUUUAGAACAUGUGACUUCAAUGCUGGAACACGAAAAAGAGGCCUUUAUCUAACACUGCAGAGUUAAUGAACUGAACUUUGCAGGGCUGUACAUCUUAUCAAGCAGGAUUGGACACCCUGUUGCUCAUGAAGAGGAAACAUCUGCCACUGACAUGACGUUGUAGCAUUGCUGAUCUGUAGAGUGUAGUUCUGCUGAAGAUCUGCCUCUCAGAGCAGCAAUACAACCCACUGUUUUUCUCCUAUUCCAAAAUGCAUGGGGCUUAAGUAGAAAUUAAAUGUUUAUAACAAAACAAUGGCAUUACAACAACAGGUGUAAUGUAAUUGAUCAUUUUCAUAAGCUUGAUAAGUUUGGUGGAAAGGCAGUAGAGAUACUGGGCAUAUUUUUGGCAAGUUCUAUGCUAUUAACAGUCAUGUCAGAGGACACAGCACAUUUACAGCUAGUGGAAAAAUUUAAGGCUACAUUUCUGCCAUUCAGAUUUUAGCCACAUCACCUCUUGUUGCAGUAAUGUAAGUGGUCAUUACCAGAGGUUUCUUUGCUACUUGUCACUCAUCUAAAAUACUUUUAAGGGAAUUGAUCUUCAAUGCUUUGGUUGCCCUAGAUAAUUAAACUGAGCUUUAAAGUCAA